CAACAACCGCUCCUUCUCUCGUUCUGAGCUCCGAACCCGGACCGGUGGGCAGUGUAGGCCUUUGGGAAGGGAGAGCGCCGGCUCUGUUUUAUUCAGCCCAGCUGCUCUGGUCUACGUUAUGGAGACUGGCGGGUAGAUUGCGGUCUCCGAAUCGCGGAAUCCUCUUUACGCUGGGAGUGGACGGGCGAGAGUGGGUUGGAGACUUCCUGCUGUCUCAGUCAGCUUUGGGCGGGUGCUGCAGUGGUCACCUCCUGUCGUCUGUCCGAUCCUUUAUGGACUAGAGAGGUGGAAGAAGGGCGUCUGAUAGAGUUUUUGGAAUCCAACUCGGAGUAGCUUUUCUACCUAAACCAAAAGCAUGCCCCCACGCUUCGGCUGAGGUCCGUACUCAUCAUUUGAGGGUAUUUACAAAGAGGAGCUUAAAAUCAAGGCAUUCUCAUACUUUUCUCCAAACAAUGAGUUACAAGGCACUAAUAGUUCUGGAUCCUUGGGUGGUCUUGAUGUUCGCAGACGAAUUCCUAUAAAGCUGAUCUCCAAACAAGCAAACAAAGCAAAACCUGCACCGCGAACUCAAAGGACUAUAAACAGGAUGCCUGCAAAGGCUCCACCUGGUGAUGAAGAAGGAUUUGAUUAUAAUGAAGAAGAACGGUAUGACUGUAAAGGUGGUGAGCUGUUUGGAAAUCAGCGAAGGUUUCCUGGACACCUUUUUUGGGACUUUCAGAUAAACAUCUUAGGUGAAAAGGAUGAUACACCAGUUCAUUUCUGUGACAAGUGUGGAUUGCCUAUUAAAAUCUAUGGGCGAAUGAUUCCAUGCAAGCAUGUUUUUUGCUAUGACUGUGCUAUUUUACAUGAAAAAAAGGGAGAUAAGAUGUGUCCAGGCUGUAGUGAUCCUGUGCAGCGAAUUGAGCAGUGUACACGAGGUUCUCUCUUCAUGUGUAGCAUUGUUCAAGGGUGCAAGAGAACGUAUUUGUCUCAGAGAGACUUACAGGCUCAUAUCAACCAUCGCCAUAUGAGAGCUGGAAAACCCGUUACCCGUGCUUCACUUGAAAAUGUUCAUCCUCCUAUUGCCCCACCACCAACUGAAAUCCCUGAGCGUUUUAUAAUGCCACCAGACAAGCACCAUAUGAGCCAUAUUCCGCCAAAGCAGCACAUCAUGAUGCCACCACCUCCUUUGCAACAUGUGCCGCAUGAGCACUAUAAUCAGCCACAUGAAGAUAUUCGUGCUCCUCCGGCAGAAUUGUCCAUGGCUCCACCUCCACCUCGAUCGGUCAGUCAGGAAACCUUUCGUAUUUCAACAAGAAAACACAGCAAUUUAAUAACCGUCCCUAUUCAGGAUGACUCAAAUUCAGGUGCUAGAGAACCACCACCUCCUGCCCCAGCACCUGCUCACCAUCAUCCUGAAUAUCAGGGUCAACCAGUGGUAUCGCACCCUCAUCAUAUUAUGCCUCCACAGCAACAUUAUGCACCACCCCCACCUCCUCCACCACCAAUAAGCCAUCCAAUGCCACAUCCUCCCCAGGCUGCAGGUACUCCUCAUUUGGUAUAUAGCCAAGCUCCACCUCCACCAAUGACCUCUGCUCCACCACCAAUAACCCCUCCCCCUGGACAUAUUAUUGCCCAGAUGCCACCUUAUAUGAAUCAUCCUCCUCCAGGACCUCCCCCACCUCAACAUGGUGGUCCACCUGUAACUGCACCCCCUCCUCACCAUUAUAAUCCUAACUCAUUACCCCAGUUCACUGAAGAUCAAGGAACUCUGAGCCCUCCAUUUACACAACCAGGGGGAAUGAGUCCUGGUAUAUGGCCUGCACCAAGAGGGCCACCACCUCCUCCACGAUUGCAGGGUCCGCCUUCUCAAACCCCACUUCCUGGACCACAUCAUCCAGAUCAGACGAGAUAUAGACCGUAUUACCAAUGAUAAUAGUAUUUUGAACUGAAGAUAUGAGGAGGAAAAAAACUAUGUAUAGUCAAUCUUUUAAUUAAGCUUUGACUGUUUUGGGAAGGAAGAGUACCUCUUACCGAGGUAGUAUAAAACACAUAGGGUCUUGUUUCUUAAAAUGGUUUUAAAUCUUGACCUUAAGAUUGAUUUCAAGUACCAUACUGUAGUACAGAUAAGUGGCUCAGUUGAGCACAGCUAUAUUUUAACAUCUUUAUUCCCCUAGUUUAGUAAAUUGACCCAGAGGUGACCAUUUGUAAAAAAUUUGAAAAAAUUUUUCAUUGUUUUACUUCAAAAGUAUUGUUUUGUUAAACCCAACGUUUAGUUUUUCUUGUGAUACAUUUUGUUAACCUGUGUAAAAGGAUUAAAUUUCAAUAAGGAUGUAAAAAUGCUAUUUUUAUGUGAAUUUAAGUGCAGCCACAUACUGUUUUUUAAACCAUAUGUUUUACCACUGAUUUCCCAAGGUUAUAAUAAAAUCCUAAAAGCAAAAAUCUAGAAUUUGCUGUAAGGCAGACUGUUAAAUGAUAGAGAGUUAUUUCACAUUUUAGGCACUGAAAUGUUGAGGUUUCGAGGUAUAGUAAGUAUACAAUGCACUUCACUUGGAUGCCUUUUCAUUUUUAGGCAGCCUCAGGAGAACCAAAAUACAUUGGAAUUCUAGUACUAAGAUAUAUUUGUUUGUAAUGUUAAAAGGCAUUACUAAUUAUUUGGAAAGAGAUGGCCAAAGUAAUCAACUCUACAGGCUUCAAGCUGGUGGGGGGAUGCUGUUACUCAUUAAUGCUUUUUUACUGAAUGGUCGGAAUCACAUAUGCACCACACAUACUGACCUUAAGUAACAUUAUUUUAUAGAACUGUUUAAAUGGUGUUAUUUAGAUGAAAUGCGUUCUGUUUUGUUCAUUGUCUUAAACUGAAUAGGGCUGAAUAGGCUUUACGUAAUUCUUCAUUUCAUGGUAGAGUUUGAUGCUGUGUUUAAGUGGGUUCUUGUUUAUGGGAUUUUCAACUGCAGUUUGAAUGCCAUGGAGGAAUUUGAAUAAUGUAUUAAUGAAGGACAUAUUCUUGUAAUCACAAAUUUUGCAUUUGCUCAGGUUUCAUUGCUGUGUGAUAGAAUUUUUCCUCUAACUUGAAAUUUAAAAAGUUUUAUUUCCUAUUCCUUUUGUCGGUAAAGCAGUCUGAAUUUGGAACAUUUUAGCUUGGAGUCAACAGUGAAGACUACCAGAUAAUUUUGUAUUGGAGAAGAGGAAAGUAACAGCUAAAUUGUGGAUUUCAGUGCUUUACAUGGUGCCUUUAGAGUCAGCUUUUACAUUAUAGGGGCUUGUUAUAGUUCAGCUAAGAUGACCACUUAAUAGUUUAUACAGAACUCAUGUGUAUAAAUCAACGUUCUUAGGAUAUUAUUUAUAUCCUUUGAAUAAAUCCCUGUGAAGUUUUCCUCCCCGCUAAAAUGGUGCAUAAUAAAACAUGAAAUGUGUAGUAUGCAGAUAUCAUUUAUUAGAUAGUUUGUAGUAUAUACAUUUAGAACAUACUUCUUUUGACAAAGCGUGAACUGAUUGCUAAUUUACCAUUUUAUUCUGUCAGGUACAGGUGAAACAAAUUCUCAUCUUGAAUGAUCAGAUGCAAAAUCAUUUCUGAACCCUAGGAGCAGAAGUUAGAAAUAACAAAAUGGCCAUUUCAACCUUGACUGGCCAAAAAUAACUAAUAAACUUUUUUGUUUUAAGUCAGGCAAAUGAUUUUCUACACUUCACAGUUUGAAAGUCCAGUGUUAAUGCAAUAUUUCUAGUGAGAAAUGCUUGUUAUUAAAAGCAUGGGAGUGAAAUGGUGUGAAAUGUUGGUGGUGAGUGCUUCUAUCAUAUUACUGUAGGUACUUGGACUGGUGCAAACUUGAUUCCUUUUCAUGCCCCUGUUUAGGAGCUAUUAAAAUGUUACUGUUAAAAAUCCAAACGAUUUCUUUGUUCCAUGUAAUAAGAAAAUAGCCAAAAUCAUGUUAGAGCUUCUCAACUAUUUAUGAAGAGCUGUCCUGCUUUUAUUGAAAGUCACUAGAGUUGAAUGUGGUAAGCAACCACUUAGCCUAUGUAUUGGAUGAGAAAAUCAGUAUCAUGAUAAAAUUUUGAAUUAAGAGAACUCUUGUAGAGUUUUAAAAAAAUGAUUUAUUUUCAAUUAGGUUUAAGAAAUCUAUGUUAUGCAGGGAGGCAUACCAGAUGAAUGUUGUAGUAGACAAAAGUUUUAAAUCGUGUUAGACUUGAAUUCAUCAAUUGUUUGAAUGAGGGUGGGUGGGUAGAAGGAUAACAAAAUUACUGUUAGUGCUUCUUUCCUUACGGAAAAAGAUGUGAAUGCCAGCCUUAUUUCAGGGAAGCCUUUGAAGCUAUGAUGGACAUAAAUCUAAAGUAAAUGUAUGUAUGUUUCAUUAUAUUGCUCUUAAGACUACUGAGGUGGCAGUUUAAUUCUUAAAAACAAUAAAAUGGAAGCAUAAAUACUAUUUUGCCUAGAUGAAUUUUUAUGUAUUGGCACAUUUGGAAGAAUGCAGAAUUUUCCAUGUUUAUGUUGAUAACGUUCUACAGUAUAAUUAAGUUCACUUCUAAAAGAUUAAAACCAUCAAGUUGAAUGUUACAUUUCUUCAGUGGCAUGUUUAUUCAGCAUAUACAGUAUUUGGGGAAAUAUCUGUUGCAAAGACUAUAAGAAACUAUAUUCAUUUUGCCCUGUAAAAACUACUUGCUCAAAAUUAUCGUGUAAAUAUUAGAUACCACUGAAAUGUAAAUGGAAGAGAUAUUUGAACAUAUCUUUUAAACUCAAUAAGAGGCUGUAUGAAGUGUACAGAACUGCCGAAGGCUUUGUUCUGACUAAUAUAUUGGAAGAGUAUCUUCUGUAAUCUUUUUUGGAAAACCCUACAGUUCCAUCUUCCAUAAAGUUUUUGAAAAUGAGUACAUUAUGAGUACAUGAAAAAAGUGCAUGAGUACUCAGAUAUUUCUUCAUUAGAUUACCCGUCAAAUUAGUAUGUUGAUGUUAAACGUGUAAACACACUAUAUUCCGAUUGAAGUGGACUUACUCUUCAUACUAAUAUAAACAUACUAUAUUCUGAUUGAAGUGGACUUUUCUUCACUGGUUUGUAAUUUGCUAAAUUAUGGCCUAGAAACCAGUCAGUUUACUUAAUACGGUAUAUGUGCAAUCAAAGCAAUAUCAGAUAUACUAGGCUUAACGAGAAGUGGAGAUAAACCAGGGAAAAUACUUGGCAGUGAUGCUAAUAAAACCUAAUUUGGAUUUUUAAA